AGGACCCAGACGAAGAUGGCGGCGGCCGCCUGCACCCGCGGGGCCGCGGGCCCGCUCCGAGGCGCCUGAGCGAACCCGGCGCGGCUGGUCGGGGCGGUCGGGGAGACGACGCGGCGGCGGACGAUGAGCCUGCCGAGCGCGCAGUAUCUCCGGCAGGCAGAAGUCCUGAAGGCUGACAUGACAGAUUCAAAGCUGGGUCCAGCUGAGGUCUGGACAUCCCGACAGGCAUUACAGGACCUCUACCAGAAGAUGCUCGUCACUGAUCUGGAGUAUGCUUUGGAUAAAAAAGUAGAGCAGGAUCUCUGGAAUCAUGCCUUUAAAAAUCAGAUCACCACACUCCAAGGUCAGGCCAAGAACCGAGCGAACCCGAACCGGAGCGAGGUCCAGGCAAACCUCUCUCUAUUCUUAGAGGCAGCUAGUGGCUUCUACACACAGCUGCUACAGGAGCUGUGCACCGUGUUCAAUGUUGAUUUGCCCUGUCGCGUGAAAUCCUCCCAGCUGGGCAUCCUCAGCAAUAAACAGUCACACCCCAGCACCAUCGUGAAGCCGCAGUCCAGCUCCUGCUCCUACAUCUGCCAGCACUGCCUUGUGCACUUGGGGGACAUCGCCCGAUACAGGAACCAAACCAGCCAGGCAGAAUCCUAUUAUCGGCACGCUGCUCAGCUUGUCCCCUCCAAUGGUCAGCCUUACAAUCAGCUGGCGAUCUUAGCCUCUUCCAAGGGGGACCACCUGACCACCAUAUUCUACUACUGCAGAAGCAUCGCUGUCAAGUUCCCUUUCCCCGCUGCCUCCACCAAUCUGCAGAAAGCACUUUCGAAAGCACUGGAAAGCCGGGAUGAGGUGAGAACCAAGUGGGGUGUUUCGGACUUCAUCAAGGCCUUCAUCAAGUUCCAUGGCCACGUGUACCUGAGCAAGAGCCUGGAGAAGUUGAGCCCACUCCGGGAGAAGUUGGAAGAGCAGUUUAAGCGGCUGCUCUUCCAGAAGGCCUUCAACUCACAGCAGCUGGUGCACGUCACAGUCAUCAACCUCUUCCAGCUGCACCACCUGCGCGACUUCAGCAGCGAGACUGAGUCACACAGCUAUAGCCAGGACGAACAGUUGUGCUGGACACAACUGCUGGCGCUCUUCAUGUCUUUUCUUGGCACCCUGUGCAAAUGCCCGCUUCAGAACUCGGCCCAGGAAGAGGCCUGCAGCACAUACCCGCUUCCUGCCGUCAAGGUUUCCAUGGAUUGGCUACGUCUACGGCCUCGGGUCUUCCAGGAGGCCGUGGUGGAUGAAAGGCAAUACAUCUGGCCCUGGCUGAUAUCACUUCUGAACAGUUUCCAUCCCCACGAGGAGGAUCUCUCCAACACAAACGCCACGCCACUUCCUGAGGAGUUUGAGUUACAAGGAUUCCUGGCCUUACGACCUUCUUUCAGGAACUUGGACUUCUCCAAAGGCCACCAGGGUAUCACAGGCGACAAAGAAGGUCAGCAGUGCCAGAUCCGCCAACAGCGCCUCAUCUCCAUCGGCAAGUGGAUUGCCGACAACCAGCCCAGGCUGAUUCAGUGUGAAAAUGAGGUAGGGAAAUUGUUGUUUAUCACAGAGAUCCCAGAGUUAAUACUGGAGGAACCCAGUGAAGCCAAAGAGAACCUCAUUCCUCAAGAUGGGCCUGUGACAGAGCCCUUGUGCACCGACGGGAACCCAGGGCUAAAGUCAGUGCUGUCUGUGGGCCGAAACCUUAGCAACCACUGUGACCCUGGAGACAAGCCUGUGGUCACCUUCCAGGAGAACAUUAAGCCUCGAGAAGUGAAUCGAGACCAAGGAAGGAGUUUUCCUCCCAAGGAGGUGAAGUCCCAGACAGAACUAAGAAAGACUCCAGUGUCCGAAGUCAGGAAAACACCUGUGACCCAGUCACCGAGUCAAGCCAGUAAUUCCCAGUUCAUCCCCAUCCAUCACCCUGGAGCCUUUCCGCCUCUCCCCAGCCGGCCAGGGUUUCCACCCCCGACAUACGUGAUACCCCCACCGGUGGCAUUUCCCAUGGGCUCAGGUUACACCUUCCCAGCCGGUGUUUCAGUGCCGGGGACCUACCUUCAGCCUGCAGCUCAUGCUCCAGCAGGAAAGCAGGUGCAAGCUGGGAAACAGUCCCACAUUCCGUACAGCCAGCAGCGGCCCUCAGGCCCAGGGCCCCUGACUCAGGGGGCUCCACAGCCACAACCCCCCUCGCAGCCCCCCCUGGCGCCUCUACCAGCUCAGCCAGCGGCACAGCCAGCAGGCCCACUGCAGGUGCAUGCACUCAGCCAACAGCAGUCCCCCACCAAGGCUGGGCCAGCACUAGGCAAGAGUCCCCCGCACCACUCUGGAUUCCAACAGUACCCACAGGCAGACACCUCCAAACAGCUGUGGAAUCCACCUCAGGUUCAAGGUCCGCUGGGGAAAAUCCUGCCUGUGAAGCCGUCCUGCUACCUGCAGGCCCAGGCCCCCCUCAAACUCUUUGAGCCGCCCCUGCAGCCGCCCGGCGUGCAACAGCCACCACUAGAGAAGAAGAUGAAGCCUUUCCGCCUGGAGCCAUAUAACCACAGCCCCUCUGAGGCUAAGGGACCCGAAUUCUACUGGGACUCGGCCUGUAGCCUGGCCCAGCCCACUGGCCUGGAGCGCCGGGGCAAGCGGCCACCUGGAGUCUUCCGGCCCGAGCCUGACCCUACACCCAGGAUGCCCUUCGAGGACCCCAAAGGCUCCCCUCUGCUCCCCCCGGACCUGUUUAAGAGUCUGGCUGCCUUGGAGGAUGAGGACGAGCUGCUUUUCUCUAACCCUCCUGACCUUUACCCCGCCCUGCUCGGGCCUCUCGCCUCUCUCCCUGGAAGGAGCCUCUUUAAAUCCUUGCUGGAGAAGCCGUCGGAGCUAAUCUCACACUCAUCCUCCUUCCUGUCCCUCACAACCACUGGCUUCUCACUCAACCAGGAGAGACACCCCAGCAACAGCGUCUUCAAUGAGGUCUAUGGCAAGACCCUGAGCUCCAGCUCCAAAGGGGAGCUGCCCCCCACCAUGGCCCCUCAGGAGACAUCGCUGUACUCCUUGUUCGAGGGGACCCCAUGGUCUCCAUCGCUUCCUGCCAGCUCAGAUCACUCGACACCAGCCAGCCAGUCUCCUCAUUCCUCAAACCCCAGCAGCCUGCCCAGUUCCCCUCCAACCCACAAUCAUAGCACCACCCCCUUCUCCACCUUUGGCCCCAUCGGGGCACCGGACAGCAGGGAUCGGAGAAGCUCAGAUCGGUGGAAAGCUGACAAGCCAGCCAUGGGUGGGUUUGGAAUCGAUUACCUCUCGGCUACGCCAUCCUCGGAGAGCACCUGGCAUCAGGCCAGCUCACCCGGCGGUACCUGGACCAGCCACGGCCCCACCAUGGAGGACUCAUCUGCAGUGCUCAUGGAGAGUCUAAAGUCGAUCUGGUCCAGUUCCAUGAUGCACCCCGGCCCUUCAGCUCUGGAGCAGCUGCUGAUGCAGCAGAAGCAGAAGCAGCAGCGGGGUCACGGCACCAUGAACCCCCCACACUGAGGCCACCAGGCCCCAGACGAAGGCUCCAUGAUCGCGGCGUGUGGGCACAGGACUGGCCCACAGCCCUGCAGAGGGGCGACCCUCUGUUCCGUCUCUUGCUGCCGGGGGUCUAUGCCCCGGCAGCCGGCGGAGUG